AUGUCGCCCAGGGAGAUUGAGGACAUGCUGCAGCGAGAGGGCAGUCAAGUCUCUCCUGACAAGUAUGAUGAGUCUACAGAAACCGCGGGCGCCACCCAGAGGCGAACUGAGUUGCUGGUGCCUGUGCUGGCAGCCUGUCGAGAAGUAUGGGCCUCUGGCUCUGAGGAGAUAGAGCUCAUGGUCGAGAAGCUAGGCGACGGCAGCAGAGAUGUUGCCUGGCGGGUCCCUUUUGGCGACUCAAAUAUCUUGGAGUUCUUCCUCCGCGUCCUCGCUCGUGAUGGCCUAAAACAGGGCCUGCAGAUCCAUAUACUGCGACUGGUUGGAAACUCUUGUGCAGAUACAGACGUGAAUCGCGCGAGGGUCAUCCAGGGAAACCACUUGGCCACCAUCUUAACCCACCUGCAGGACGAGAGCCUGAUACCCUUCACCAUCCCCGUGCUUUUCAACAUUCUUGUUGACUAUGAGCCUGCACAGCUGGCCGCUUCAGAGGCCAAUCUCAACCAACGCCUCAUCGCUCUCUUGUGCUCCCCAAACCUUGCCAACUUCGUUGUCUUCAUCCCCUAUUUCUGCAAAAUCCUCAUCUUGCUCACUUCUCAAGAGGGCGAAACAAGCCGCGCAAGCCCGAAUACCGUUGAAGUUGCCCUCAAGCUGGCCACGAGCGUGCCGUCACGAGACGACCUCGACGACUUCAUAUCUCUUGUCACCGUGGCGGCUGCUUACCUCUCCGAUGAGAAAUUCCAAGCUGCUUUAAUCCAGGGCCCUCUGCUGCAGCUUUUCCUUUCCACGUUUUACCACGCGCAUACUCACUUUAAUAUGAUCCAGGUUGAUGACGCCGACACGGCAGCGGCCCUGAAGAAGCUCUACGCCGCCCUCCUCAACGCUCUGGCAGACAUCACGGGCAACGACCUGUUUGUUUCGUGCCAUCCGUUGCAGAGCCAAGUUGCACAAACCUUUCUCGCUUGGCUUCAGAGCUCCAACCCGCAGCUGCAGACCGCGGGCUGCCUCGCUCUGGGCAAUCUCUCCCGCUCUGAUGAAGUUUCCACAGCUCUUGUUCAAAUCCAUUUCGCGCAUACCCCUUUGAUGAGACUCCUUUCGAACCCCGAAAUCGCCGACGCGCAGCUCCUUCACUCCGCCAUGUCCUUCUUGAAAAAUCUGGCCAUCCCAGCCCAGAACAAGCCGCUUCUCGGCAGUCUGCUGGACGUGGGCUGCAUACCGAGACUGCUUAGCCUGGAUACUUCCCCCCAGGUGCAGUUCACCGCCGUGUCUCUGACCCGACUGCUGGUCGUCAACUGUCCGCCCAACGUUGCCCGCGUGUGUGCCCCCCUGAGCGCAGACCCGGCCAGCCCAGCGCGCGAACGCUCAAGCGUCCACGGCAUUAUUGCACUAUACGAGCGCUCCGAUGCCGAGCCCACGAGGCUUGAAGCCGCCCGGGCUGUCGCUGCCAUAUGUCGUGUGCUUCACUCCAACCCGGUUGCGCCUUUGUUGCCGGACUGGGAGCCUCCGGUUGUCGAAAUCGAAGCAGACUCGUCCGGCGGCCCUGCAGAUGCUGAAAGUCAGCGACUGGAGUACUUUUAUAGCAAACAUGACGUCGCUAGGGUUCUUUCGUUCUUGAUCAGCCAGCAGAAAUGGCCGUCUCUUCGCUCGGAAGCGUGGUUCAUCUUCGCUCUCAUGUGUCGGUCCAAGGAGGGCAGUCGCGUCAUCAUCACGCUACUUCAAAUUCACAACACCAUGACAGAGCUCAUCAAAGCCAUCACUGGGAGAGAAACUCCCCUCAGCGACGUUGGAGGUGGCGAUGAUAUCGAGGGGGCGUUGUCUUCUGCUUCAGCUCCUGACGGCCAGAUCACGUCGAUGGCAGAUGGUCUGGGACUCGAGCCUCAGCAGGCAGAUCCUAAACAGCGGGAGAGCAUGAUCCGAGUGGAUCGGGAGAACGCCCUGGUGAUGUGCACGGAACUUCUCCGGACGUGGGGCAACCAACUACCUGGUUUGAGGCUGAGCAUCCUGCAAGAUCUGGUCAAGGAGGGCACGGAGAUUGUGGCGGCACAAAAGGCAGCAACAUUGUGA